UCCUGCAGAACGGCGCUGCCUGUCAAGUGGGCAAGUAACGGUUAACUUCUCCACAAGUGGGAAAAAUAUGUUGAUCUUGACAGACUCGAGGAAAGCAAGCUGGAUUUCCUGAUCGCACACAAGUUGCAUUAGUGGGGCUAUUUUCUGGCAGCACGAGGUGUAAUUAAAAUUAUGUAGGAGCUGUGCGUAAAACCCCACGAGAUUCCUCUGAGGGCUUGAUCGUCGGAGGGAGGCUUGUGCCAAAGGGCGACUUGAGGAGCAGCUUAUUCAUGCAAAUUCAUAAAAUCAUAGGCGUGCCUUUGGGCGAUGGAGUCACAGCCGGAAAAGCAAACCCCCUCCUGGAUCAUCAGCGACCUUCAAAGACUGUGAUGCGCUGCGCUCGGACACAUUGACGGCAGCACCCGGACAAAUGUUUUUAAGUCGCAGAGAAAACGAAGUGAAAGUUAGUGCGCGUUCCAUACGUCUCCUUCGACCGACUUCUAUUUUUCCUCAACCGAAUCAUCAACUCCCCUGCUGCGCCACUGCUACACUGGAUCUCCAACCAAAGGCUUUUUGCGUAAACUAACGCCAUAUCGCAACGAUUACCAAUAGCCGUGGACUCGUAUAAUUUAAUCACAAUUUUAUAUAUUUUAGGUAAAUUCUGACCUUUUCAAAUAUCGAGAGUGUGGAUGCGGAUGAAGUCACUGCCACUCCACUUUUAGGAAUUCGUGCGUAAAGACGCGGCCACUGAUUUGCUCCGUGUUUGGGCUAACUAUUUAAUUUUUGUUUUUCCUUUAAUUUGUUGAGGACUUCUCACGACCAUGUCAGAGGACGACAGUAGCUCGACUGCCAGCUUCAUGUCAGACACAGACGCCAGCAACGUUAGUGUCCUCAGUUGGGAGCAAGUGCAGCGGCUGGACGCCAUUCUGACCGAGACCAUCCCGAUCCACGGCCGGGGAAACUUCCCCACUCUGGAGAUGCAGCCGCGGCAGAUCGUCAAAGUGGUGCGGAGUCGGAUGGAGGAGAAACAGAUCCACGUCCGGGACGUUCGGUUGAACGGCUCUGCAGCCAGCCACAUUCUCCACGAAGACAGCGGACUCGGCUUUAAGGACCUUGACCUUAUAUUUUGCGCAGACAUGAAAGGUGAAAGUGAUUUCCAGACUGUGAAGGACAUAGUUUUGGACUGUCUCCUGGACUUUUUACCCGACUGUGUGAAUAAAGAGAAAAUAACUCCGUUAACGCUAAAGGAAGCCUAUGUGCAAAAGAUGGUGAAAGUGUGUAAUGACUCAGACCGCUGGAGCCUGAUCUCCCUCUCUAACAACCGCGGGAAGAAUGUGGAGCUGAAGUUUGUGGACUCCCUGCGGCGGCAGUUUGAGUUCAGCGUGGACUCCUUUCAGAUCAAACUGGAUUCCCUGCUGCUGUUCUACGAGUGCUCAGAGAACCCCAUGGCUGAGACCUUUCACCCCACCAUCAUGGGCGAGAGCGUGUACGGGGAUUUCAGCGAGGCCCUGGACCACCUACGUCACAAGAUUAUCUGCACUCGGAACCCGGAGGAGAUCCGGGGCGGGGGUCUGCUUAAGUACUGUCACCUGCUGGUGAGGGGUUUCCGGGCCGCGUCAGAGUCAGAGAUGAAGUCUCUGCAGCGCUACAUGUGCUCGCGCUUCUUCAUCGACUUCCCCGAUAUUGGUGAGCAGCAGCGCAAGCUGGAGUCCUACCUUCAGAACCACUUUGUGGGCUUGGAAGACCGCAAGUACGACUACCUGAUGACCCUCCACGGAGUGGUCAAUGAGAGCACAGUGUGCCUGAUGGGACACGAAAGGCGGCAGACCUUGGGGCUCAUAGCCAUGCUUGCAGUGCGUGUGCUUGCUGAGCAGAACGUUAUCCCCAAUGUGGCUAAUGUUACAUGUUACUACCAACCUGCUCCUUAUGUGGCAGAUGGCAACUUCAGUAACUACUACAUAGCCCAGGUACAACCAGUGUUUGCCUGCCAGCAGCCUGCGUACUCCACCUGGCUGCCAUGUAACUGAGUCAACCCCAAAGAAAGGAGGAGGGGAGAGAGUCUCAUUUCUUUAAACACGAGUGAGCAGCAUAGUUGCACACUCACAUCUGCCCAGUGCUUAACAGCUGACAGAAAAUGAGUCCUCUGUUUAAUGUUUUGCAUCAAAGCUUACAUUUUUGUUCAUACGUUGAGUAUGAAUGGUAAAUCGCAAACAGUUGGCUUUCACUCCAAUUAAGUAUUUCAAUGUGAAUAGCGCCGACCUGAACCUGCCAAGGCCAACGCGGUUUGGAAAAAGACUCAUUUGCGUAGCUCGAAAGCUCAGUGGCUAAAUGCGAACGUGUGAAGGCCUUGAAUCCGAGCAGCAGAACUGUCACAGAGACUGAUUGAAUCUGUCGCGUACUGAUUAGCCAGCAUGUUCCAGCGGCAGUCCAAACGGCUGCAUCGGUGACUGACAGCUUCUCCGGCCCAGCUUUCGGGGGUUUGUAACCCAGUGUCCACACACACACACAAACACACACACACACCCUCUUGACCAAAUCAGAGGUGUGAGCAGGGCUUUAAAACGAGCACCCUGAACUCUGCUUCGCAUCAGCUGAACCGAGGUGAGAUGCUGACAAACUAGUCUGGCUAACAAACCGGCGUCUCUACCUUGCAUUUCGAUAUAAUUCUGGUUGUUUACAGACCAAAGAUAUUUUUUUGAUCAUUUCUAACACUAAAACCCAGUUUUGAUGGGAGAAAUAGCUAAAUAAAUAAACAAAAUAUGGACCUAUUGUAUUGUCUAUUUGUAUAUGUGAACAUAUAUGUGUUUUUAAGUGCCUAUUGCCUCUCAGUGGGCGGAGAAAAGAGUGAGCAGGCCAUACGAUCCCACUUCGUUUCCAGUCAGGCACACCAGACGGUAGCACCCCAGAGGCUUGUGAAUGUAUAUGUGAAAUCAUGCACAUCAUGUCAGUGUUUGUGUACAUUUGGAUGAAAAAACAGCGCCACACGUCAGUCUGGAUUGUGCUGUAAUGUAGCUGCCAAAUUGUACGAUUGGUAGGUUUUUGCAAGGUUCACAUUUUCCGUGUGUAUAUUCGCAAACUAAAAAUGUCCCAAACUAAAACUGGCAUGACGAAGUUCGAUGGAAAUUUUCAGACCAUCAGCAACAAAGAUACUCACACGUGAUAUGUUCUGUAUAUUUUGUACAGCUGUACUUUGAUUAUUUUUUUUUCUCAUCCGAGGAAAACAAUAAGUAGAUAAGUGACAGAGAGAGGAAAGACUGCAGCUGGAGUGUGUGUGUGUGCGUGCCCCAUGCUUCAUCCUACAGUCGAGGGAUAUUUGCAGAGACACCUCGGAUGAGGAGGAACUGUUUGCUGUAGCACCCUGGCAGGGAAUUCCUCAGCUGCUGCUGAAGAGCUUGAACUUAUCUGGGUUGGGUUUUUGCAGACGCUCUGUGCAAGGUUCAGAUCAAAUGCAGUGCCAAACAUUUUGGUGGUCCCGCUGACAGCACUAAAGUUUAAUGAGGCCAUUUGCUGAUGUAAAUGUUGUGCUGAUAUGGAAGACAGAGAGAGCGAAAGAGGCAGAAGAGAGUAAAAAGGCAGGAGAGAAAGGAAAAUGUGGUGGUUUAAAGCCAGAGGGGAGAGUGAGUCGGUCUGGGGAGAUGGGUGCAGCUGGUGAUGGGGUUUAUCUCUCUAGGGCUACCAUGCAUCACUGUACUAAACUAUUCUCUCUGUUCUGCUCUCUAAUCACCUUAAUUGUUGAUGAAAAGAGUGGAAUCUGAAGAACACCGCAUGCAUUCAUGCCAGCUCCAUGGGCUGCAACUUAACUUUUCAUUUGUGAAGUUGCUUCAUUGAUGCUAAUCGUUUCUUUAUGCCUCAUUCCACAACAGUUUUGAAGAAUUGUAAAUAUAUAUUUAGGUAUGAUUACAUGCUUUUGCUUCGCCGGCACUCCUAAUUCCUGCAAACAGCAGCUUUUCUUGAUUGCAGAUAAAAAAAAGAAAAAAGAAAAAAGAAAAAAAUUAAGCGUAAGGUUGGAGGUUUGGCCCCACGACCAGCAUCGAGUUAAUACUGCAACGAAAAGAGAAAUUCACUCGCUGAAAAGGCAUUUCUCUCUCAUCCUCUGUCUCGCAUACUUCUGGUAAUCCAUAGCUGCUCUGCUCAGUUGUUUCUUCUCAAUGACUGUCCACGUCGAUGGUAAUCGUUGAAUUGCGCAGGCAAUGUAUUUUCAUUUUAUACUCAGUGAAGUCCUAACAGCUGACUAGCUAUUAGCUCCAGUCUGCCUGUCAGUUAGUGAUUGUGCCUAUCAGUUAGAGGUCGUGGGUUACUGCAUUGUCUUGUAAGUGUUGUCUUGAGUAUUUGUUUAUGGCCAUGCAGUCUUUUACAAAUCACACAAAAAAGAUCCUUGUCCUGUAUGUAUAUUUUUUAUGAUUGUUAUUUUUAUAAGUGUAUCAGACACUGCAGGUGUUUGCGGUGCUUUUGAAUCUGUGAUCGGGCUUCAAAGGAUAUGUUCUCGAUAGCUUUUUUUGCUAUAAUAUGUUAUGUGUCCAGUGGGUCAAAAGGUUAAAGAUGUUUUCCUCAAUAAAAUAUCUGAAAACCA